UGAGACUCGCUUUGUUUUAGUUGUUUUUGCUUGUUCUUUGUUUUUAUUGUUUUUAUUGUUGGUCUGUCCUGCCAUGUACAGCACUUUGUAUCAGCUAGCGCUGUCUUAAAGGGCUAUACAAUUUGUGACACUGAUCUUGAGUGCCCACUUUGACAUUGUGCCUCUGAAUGCAGUCGACAUCACUUGCACCUGCUCAAACAACCCAUAAUGAACAAUAUGAGCCUUAGCCAUUAAGCUUUUUUUUACUGUCUGCAAACAAAGUGUCCUGUCCUGCCCCCCUAUAGUCCACCACAGGCUCAAUUGUUUUUGCUGAUAUUAAGCUUCAGGGGAUUCAUUAGUUAAAAUAGGGAUAACUUUCAUAUUCCCCCAAAAUACACUUAAUUCCUGUAACUAAAUUCCUCUUCACUACAUAUAUUGAUAAAUGAUUCUGAACACAUGGAUGUAAACUGCAACUUGACUGAUUGACAGAGACAUGCAACCCUGAGGCAGUAGUUCUAGUCUCAAAACAAUAUUGACAUGCUCAUAUGUAAAGUGAAAGAUGCCCAAUUGCACACCAUUGUUAAUGUUUUAUUUGUGGACAGGUUUCUUCAGACUGCUGAGAUGCUGAAACCUUCCACUCCAUCUGCGAGCCACGACAGCACCGGCUCUUCAAGCAGUGAUGAUGGAGCGGAGUAUUACCCUCAUAUAGUGUUCCUCCAGAAUAAGGCCAGACGGGAUGAUUUCUGCCCGAGGAACCUGAAGAACAUGCACAUGGUGGUGGACAAAUUAAUGGCCCACUCUCAUCUCAAAUACAAAGGCACUUUGUCCAUGCUGGACUGCAAUAUCCUGCCUGGCUUGGGGCAGGACUUUCUGUCACCUGAAGUCAACAUGUUCCUCCUCCCUAUGCAGGAGAAUGAUGGGGAGGAUAAUCUGACCAAAGCAGGGUCAGGAACGUACCCACUCUUCUCUCUGCUGCCGGGGUACAGAGGACAUCCUGCCUUCUCCACUAUGGUUUCAAAACUCCGCAGCCAAAUACUGGCCAUGCCCCGCUGUCAGCUAUCACACACCAUCCUCACUGAGAAGAACUGGUUUCACUACGCAGCUCGGAUCUGGGACGGGGUGAAAAAGUCUUCGGCCCUCUCUGAAUACAGCCGCCUGCUCUGUUAACACUCUGGUUGAGCUGUGUUAUAUAAACUCGCAGUGCACGCUGUAAUGUCCAAUAAGCAGGUCACAUAAUGAAAAAUGUGUCUCUGUAAGUGGGGACCGUCGUCUGUACCCUGCAGGAGUUACACUGGAGGCCCGGUCAGUGGUGAAGACUCAGAGGGAAUGCAGGACAAUCCUCUGUAGACUUUGGUGGGAAUGAUGAACCUGCGGGCUCUGGGCACUCCGUGUCAGAAAGUUGUGAAUGUUGAAGGGACACUGCUGCAGCCUGUACAGCUGCAGUGGUGAGAAAAGGAGAAAACCAGUCGUCUGCACGCGUUCAAGCAAAAUGUGAUAAUCUUUUAUUUGCAUUAUUGACUUUGUGAUAGUUUUGGUGUACUGAUGGUGCACUUAUGUUUUCUGAGAUAAAGAUAUAGAAUUGUGUAUUUUAUUUUAUUUUUUUCAAACGUCAAUAAAAAGAGUAACUGUCACCCACUCAGAAAUAAAAUGAAACUCUUGUUUAAAAUAUUUUGCUCUUCUCGUACAGGACAGGGACAGUGUCACGCUCCAAUAGCGUGCUUUAAAACUUUCCUCAAUACAAAGACAGUGAUGAUAUACAGGUGUGAUAAGGGUUGGCCUCCUUCCCGAUUUAUCUUGACGUUAUCUUUAUGUGUAUUUUAUUAUGCAAAA